AUGAUCCGACCAUUGGCAAACAUGUUGUCCACAUCAACGCAGGCGGAGCUACCGACGCUUCUACGUACGCUGCCACCUGACUCUCCAAGACCAAUGAAAGGACAGACACUUUUGCCAAAAAAUGCCCCCCGUUCACUCAGGGCUGGGCAAGCUGCUGGAAAUCUCAAGAAGGCAAAAGCCUGGGACGACGCUGCUGGCAUAUCAAUUGGCGCAAAACGAGGUUGCAAAACACAGAGUUUGAAAGAGAAGAGGAUGGAAGAUGGCUGCAAUAAGCGGCAACGCGGUAUGAAAGGCGUGGUUGGGAGGCUGAAUAGUGGGGAACUGAGGCUGAGCAAGGAUGAUAUUAGGAGUGUGAUGGGAGGAGCUCAAGCAGGCAUCCGGCAUAGGCAGCACAAAGGCAGACCUCCCGUGUCUUGA